ACACUGCCAUAUCUCGCUCUGGCUACGUCACGGACGUUGCGAAUUACUGAGCGCACAGAAUCUAUCGCAAAUUGACAUAUCGGAACCACUGCGUCUUCCCGUUGCGCCCUGCCCCCGCGCAUGCGCAAUCCGCCAUGAAUUCCAUACGCGCGAUCCAGCAGCUCAACAAGCGCGAGCUUGAGGCAGGCAUCAAUCCAGAAGGCUCAUGGCACACCGACUACCGCGACACGGCCUUUAUCUACAUCGGCGGUUUGCCCUUUGAGCUAUCCGAAGGCGAUGUUAUCACCAUAUUCUCACAGUUUGGAGAGCCUGUAUGGAUACGGCUGGCACGCGACAAGGAGACGGGCAAGUCGAAGGGCUUUGGUUGGCUGAAGUAUGAGGACCAGAGGAGCUGCGACCUGGCUGUGGACAAUCUCGGAGGAGCGACCAUCAUGGACAGGGUGCUGAAGGUGGAUCACACACGUUACAAGCCAAAAGACGACGAGGACAUGGGAGACAACACGAUGGGAGAGGUCGAUGUGGCAGCGGACGAGGACGGCGGUCGACGAAAAAGACAGCGCACAGAAAGCGAAAGCGACUCGGACGACGACCGCCCACUGCUCCCCGAGGAGAUUGAGCUGGAAAAGGCUAUACGCGAUCUUGACGAGGAGGACCCGAUGAAAGAAUCUAUGGUCAAGAGGCUGCAGGAGAAGGCUGAGUCUGCGAUUAAAAAGUACAAGAAGAGCAAGCGGAAGGAGAAGGAGCGGAAGCAUCACAGGCGCCACCGCUCACCGAGACGAGAUCGGAGUCGCGAUCACGACAGGGAGCGUAGAAGGAUCAAGGACAGAGACUCAGAAGACGAAGACCGUCGCAGAAGGAAAGAGCAUCGAAGCAGGCGUGAGGAUGAGGAUGAGGACCGGCCUAGAAGAAAGGAACACCGGAGUAGGCGGGGAGACUCCGAAGGUGAGCGCCGGCACAAGAGCUCGCGGCCACCUCGAGAUGGCUCGAGUGACAGGGAGGAAGUCAGGAAUAGCCCGCGAGACGGAAGGGACCGCGUCCGCCGUGAUCAUAGUCGCGAGCGGCGGCGCUACAGUUCAGAAGAGGAAGACCGGAAGCGUUCGCGCUCGAAGCGGUCACCUUGAUGAUGGUAGUCACAUUCGACAGAGGGUAACAGCAUGGCUGAUCCCAUAUGUACCACACACACACGAUACACAAAGCCGUAACCAAAGCCUCAUUUGCCGUGUUCGGAGUGAUCUAUUGCCCCAUCGCGAGCGGCAAGGAGCUUUUAGAUGACGUGACGCUCUUUAGAGUUGCUAAGGUUUUACCGUAGGAAUAUCAUGAAUACGCGCGUAACAUGGCCAAGAA